AUGACGUCCUCCACGAUACAACUCUCCACCGCCGGUGCGUUGGCCUCGUCCUCCGCUCCCUCCAUCCCCACCGGCACUAUCAUCUCCACCCCCACCGGCCACAACACCAACACCAUCACGGUUCGCCUCGACCACACCAACUUCCUCCUCUGGAAGAUCAUCCUCGUCGGCUCCAUGACGGAGGAGAUCCUCGGCCACCUCGUUGGCCGCACCACCGUGUCGUCCGUGUGGGCGUCCCUCCUGUCCAUGUUCUCAGCGCAGAACAGUGCGGGGGUGCGCCAGAUGCGUCGUCAACUUUCGACGCUGAAGAAGCGCGACCUCACCGCUGCCGCCUACUGCCACAAGAUGAAGGGGUACGCGGAUGCCAUGGCCAUGGUCGGUGCUCCCAUCACUGAUGAUGAACUGAUUGACUACAUCAUCGUCAGUCUUGGGCCUCAGUACGAGCCCCUCCAGAACUCUCUUACAGUGCUUGGUGUUGCCGGUGCCGACAGUCUCAGUCUGUCGGCCUUCUACUCGAUGCUCCUCUCAUGCGAGUCGUUAAAGGAGCAGAACGCUCAAGCCCCCGAGUUCUCCACUUUCGCCAAUGCCGUGGCGCGGCAGGGCGAUGCUUGUGGCGGGGGGCACCCCUUUGCUGACACCAACAGCGGCCGCUUUGGCGGUCGCCCUUCUGGCCAGCCAGGCGGCGGCCAGAACUCCGGAGCCGGAGGCCAACAGCAGCAUCAGGGCCCCCGCGGCAAUCGCCCCAACCAGGGGGGCGGUGGUGGCGGCGGCGGCGGUCGUAACGGCCGCCAGCGGCCGCGCUGUCAAAUCUGCAAGUACUGGGGACAUGAGGCCCUCUAG